AUGGAUAUUCUGGAUAUUGACGAGGCAUUAAAGGAUGAUUCAUACAUAUUUCUGGCAGAUAAAACACACGAUGAUAUCUCCAAUAUACUACAACAGUGGAAAACAAAUAAUCAAGCGCAGCAGUCUCAGGCCCAAUCGCAGCAGCAACAACAAAAACUGCAUUUACAAUACAACAAUGAACAAGCUUAUAAACUCAACUCAAAGACGUUUACACGGCCCAAGCGAAGGCCACAGGCGGCAACAAAUCUGGACACACAAUUCGCACAUAUUUCACAAAACAAUGCCACACCCAUGCUUAGUUUGGAGAUUGGCGGACUGGUUACCAACAUGCACAAAUCGUUCCUGCAGGAUACCUCGCCGCCGUCGUCCAUUUGCUCAUCGAUAACAAAUGAGCGCAUGAACAAUUCACUCAUCAGCUCUGCUGAUUUCACAAAUCUCAAUUUUCUGCAGUCGACAAAUAGCUUGGAGCCCACCUGCGCAGAGUUCAAUUUGACGACGACCGCAACGCUUACCGGCGACAGUUACUCGCUUAGUGACAUGAUAAGGGAUCGAAAGGCGCUCGAAUCGUUAACAAUGUCCGGCGAUGGUACCUUAAUCAAGGAUUCACAAAUUGGGCAAAUCGAUGAAAUUUCGCUAACUAUGCUAAGCAAAACCGCCUCCGGCUGCAGCACCAUGGAUAACAGUACGGAGAGCAUGUUAACGCCACAGGAGCAACAAAUAUUGCCCUCAACAGUGCCAGAGCAGCAGCAGCAGCUGCAGCUUAAGUUGGGUAACACUAUGAUGCUCGGCGAGGAAAUGAUUGGCGACACCACAUUCAGUUUGGUGGACAGUUUGACAACCCCAACGACUGAGUCUGUGAGUGAAGCUGAUCCCGAGCCAGCCUUCAAUGCAACGUUCAAGCGACCUGCGGCCUUGUUAAAUGAGACCCAGUUGCUAGUAGGGCGACAGGUGAACACCACCUUUACCGAGGGUUGUGAAACGCCUGAAGCCGGACGCUGCGAGACGCCGGAGAAUGUCGAUAAGAAACUGGCCUGCAUGCUGAUGGAGUCGACACCAUUGACCACAACAAGUGCUCGUCUGCCGCAGUUCAAUAACAACAACAACAAUAAUAACAACAAUAAUACUAAUAACAAUAAUAAGCACAGUUAUACGCCUACAUUAAAAGGGCGUGAUGAAGCCAUCAAUCUAUCGCCCAUUGUGGGCACCAUCACGCCACAGCGCAGUCUGCAUAAUCAGCGCAAGCAGCAGCAACAGCUCAACAACACUUAUGAGAAACCUGAAGCAGGGACAGUAGUCGGAGCAGGAGACACACCCAAAUCAAGGCAUUUUGAUAGCGAAAAGUUUGUGCUGGACACAAUGGAGCUGCUGGAGCAGAUUGAGCAGCCCGGCAUGGAUGCUACCUACAGCAUGUCCGAGGACCACAAGCAAAUGCAGUGCGUCAUGGAUCUCGCGGAGGCGGAGGUGGAACUUUUGGCCCAACAGGGUGACGAGGAGCAGUUUGAGCACAUGCUCGCCGAGCUGGGCAAGGUGAAUGCGUUAAAUGCAGAACAACUAAAAAUGCAAAAGUCGCUGGACAGCAUUAAGAGGCGUUUUCAUAAGGACGAGGAGCCAAGUGUGCAGCAGGAACUGCAGCCGCUGCAAUCGCAAGCAAACCAGUUAGACGAAGUUCAUCAUACGACGCCCACGUCACAGCUGCUUAGCAGUCACAGUCACAGCCAGAGCCAGUCCAGCAGCAGUGGUGAACGUCUGCUCAGCCGGCGUAGUCGCCUCUACGAUGAUGUCAACCUUAGCGCAAUGCAUGACAGCAAUGCCAGCGGGGGCAGCUGCAACUCAACAUCGUUUAUUGUGUACCGCCGGGAUGAGGAAUCGAACAACACAUCUGAGACCUGCACUCCAUUGCAAGAAGAGCAGGAGGAACAGUCACAGCCUAAGCAAUCCUCAAUGGAGACUGAGCCAUCCAACUAUAAGCUGGCCGAGCGUCGAGAGCGUGAUCGCGAGCGUUUCAAGACAAUUAAAAUAACCAAGGAGAUGCGUGCUCGCGAUGAGCAGUUCGAUAAUAUUGUAGUGCCUUGUAUUGAUGACGAACACCUGGAGCCAGAGCCAACACCUGAGUGCGACCCCGUCCAGGAGCAACAGCGUCAACCCUCUCCACCUGGACGACUCUCGCGGCGCGAUCAAAUCGAAACAAGCGCUAGUAACACCAACAAUUACUUGACCUAUAAAAAGCCUAAGGAGAAGUCGCUAUUAGUACGUCAGCUUCGGCCGCCUAUGACAGAGCUGACCACAAUGGAGUCUGCGCAGCCGCGUUCCUUAUCCCGACCACGCUAUAUAAGCGGCUUACAAAAGUUCACCACCGUAAGCAAAGCAACAUCUGCUGGCGCUGGACUUAAUGCAACCACAGUGGGCUUGUCCACAGGACCUCAUACUGACACGGCGGCCUGCCCAGACAACAACGAGCUUAAGAGUCCCAUGGGCACCAAAUCCAAGUCGUUCCAUAAUUUGUCCUCCAAUAUAAGCGGCAUGUCGGCCAUGAUGGCAAGACCCAGCUUAGGCGCUGGCAAUGUAUUCAGACGGCAACCUAACAAGCUGGCAACGGGAAUGCCACAACAAGAAGAUGGCAUGAAUGUAUUCAAGGUGCCUAAACUGGUGAGUGGCUUACGUGCGCCAACGGGAGCUGUUGGUGCUGGUGCCAAGCGUGUCAUGGGUAAUGGCAUCGCUCGUCCCUCCUCUGGAUAUUAUAGUCUGAGUGUUAAAGCCAAUGCAGCAGAGUCUGAAACACCAGAGAGUCUUUCAUCCGCCUCCUCGCGCGGCAGUCUAUAUGGCAAGGAAGCAAAGCCUAAUAACUCAUUCGACACGCAAGCGCUCAGUUCAAAGCUUACUCAAGUUACAAUUGGUGCAUCGGGUAUACCCAAGCCAUCUGGAUUGAGACCACCAACGCAGAUGAAGCGUAGUGGCUUGCCACGACCCUCCAGCAUUGUAAGACGUUGAGGCAAAGUGCUUGCCACAAUCAUCCGCCUGCACGUCAUGUAAUUAAUUACUUCAAUAAUGCAUUGUAAAAAAGCUAAACUAGUUUAUCCAUAUUAUUUUUUUAUGUGCUCUCUACAUGUUUGAUCAACACUUAAGAGUAAUUUGUAGCCGUUGCCGUCUGUUUGAUUUGCAUUUUUUGUGUUAUAAACCUAAAAUGAAUACGAAUUUUUGCAUUUAGUUUGAAAAUUAUUAAAACAAAACAUACAUAUUGAACAUUAAAUACACACACUUUGCCUUAAAAAGAAUCGAAUAACAGAAGAGUAAAACUGAUAUGACAAUUGGUAGUGUUGUAUAUUUUUCUAAAACGUGCGAAUAUAAGAAAUGAUUAAAAUAAUAUAUGAAUGUUACUUGUUAUAGAACAUUGUGUGCUGCAUAUAAGCGUAAUCGAAUAAAUAUGUAUAAAAACAUAUACAUAAACUAUUAUAAAUAUAAGCAACUGCUCAGUGGCCCAGAAAGACCACAAACAACCAAACUAUAAUUAAAAGUUAAUAAAUGAUAAGCUACCUAUUAAAACAUGUUAUUAAUACAACUUUAACACAUAUUAAAAUAUUGUAACGUACAGGCAAUAGAGCUCUGCUCAGAUUUCAAGAGUAUAAAGAAAGACCACAAGUAUUUGAACGUAGUGGCUUGAUGAAUCCAGACGAAUGAACAGCAAUAUUACAAUACAAACUAUAACGACACAAUCGUUUAACUGAUUAUACAAAUCUACACUUCUCUAUAAUUUAUGCAAGUUUCUAUCCAAUCCAUCUUUUCGAAUGAUGUGCUAUAUGUAUUUACUAUUUCUAUGUUUAUAAUUUAGUCUUUUAGUUGCCAAAAAUAUAGAGGAAUAGCAACAUUUUUAGAUUAGUUUACCAAAACGAAUUUUCAAAUUAAAUUAUUGCGUAUGAAUCAAAAAUGGGUAACGCUGAUCGAUUGUUAGGAAUUAUUUAAAAACAAAUUAUGCAUAUCCUACAUUUAAUUAAAGAUUAAAUAUGUUACGUAUUAACCAGCAUAUAAUUUAAGUAAGAUUUUGCUAUCAACAUACUUAACCCGCUUUAUCCAAAAUGACCUUGCCUAUAAUUAACAUUUAUAUAAAGGCUUUGCCUUACUCAUGCGCCUUUAUAGCUACUAAAUGUAUAUUUAUAAGUGUAUCUAACUUAUAGAACCCACUGAUUCAUUAUCUAUAUACAGCUUUAUUCCAGGUGGUAGUUAGUUUGCAUGCCACUUAACUGUUAAGAAAGACUAAUAUAGAAUUUAGUUGACUGCUUAAGAGAAAUUAUAAUUUGUUUUGCAAACUCUACGGCUUCCUCAAAUAUUUUUGCAAUAUUUGCUGUCAAUCCAAUUACAUACUAUGCUUUGAAACUAAAAAUCUAACCGUUCCAGCAACUCUCAGAUAUAAAAACAUUAUAUAUUCUAGAAGGUCGAAAUUAUUUUUGAACAAAUUUUAAUAA